UGCAUUCCCAAAUCCCAAUCAUCACCGUCUUCCUCAACUCCCUCCCCUGCUCUUGCCUUCUUCAAUUCCGCGUGCGUCUGGUGUUGUGUUGUGUUGGCCUCCCCCGCUCCGGUGCCCCGUCCCGUCCGAUCGAAGGAGAAAGGCAACAAUGGCGAAGAGCGGGCUGAGCAAGCUCCGGUGCAUGAUCAAGAGGUGGCACUCGUCGAGCCGCAUCGUCUCCCGCGCGCCGCCGUCGCCAUCGGCUCACGACCACGACGGCCACGACGGCGGCGGCGACAUCAUCUCCGGCGACGCGCAGGGCGCGUCGUUCCACGGCGCGGACGAGGUGCCCAAGGGCCUGCACCCGGUCUACGUCGGCAAGUCGCGCCGCCGGUACCUCAUCGCCGAGGACCUCGUGGGCCACCCGCUGUUCCAGACCCUCGUCCACCGCACCGGCGGAGCGGCAGGACCAGGCACCGUCGUCGUCGGCUGCGAGGUCGUGCUGUUCGAGCACCUCCUCUGGAUGCUGGAGAACGCCGACCCGCAGCCGGAGUCCCUCGACGAGCUCGUCGACUACUACGCGUGCUGACUGCUGAGUGCUGAGAAGAGAGAACCACCCCCGCGCCCAGACCGGCGCCCCGGCCCGCCGGAGCUGGAAGCUUCUUCUCGAAGCCGCGGCCCCGCGGCGGUAAAUCAUCCUGCAAUUCCGGUGUGUUAAGUAGGGGUAGAGUAGAGGAACCAUUGUUGCAGCUCAUGAACCUCUUUCGGCUCCGUUGAUUUGAUUCGAUUGCCAUUAGUUGCUAGAACAAUUUUAUUUUAUUUUCGUCACUUAAUAAUGAGAUCUCUUGAGUUUGCACGAUUGCUUCUAUGUACGUUGAAAUGCAAAAAUUAUUCUCCCAAUACAACUCUUCGACGA